GGGAUUCCUCGUGUUGACCAGCCACAUAACAUAUUUUGGUCGGUGCCCCAGUUUUGGAGACAUUCUCGUGGCUACAAGUGCGCAAGAGCAGCAACUGCUCCUCCGUCACUUUUCUCGUAGAACCAACAAACCACCCCCCAUGUAAAAAAAAGGAAAAGUUGCUUGUCCGUGAUCAGGAAGAAAAAAUGUGAAAACCCAAGAAGUGUUGCGGUGAUUUCGUGACUUUUCCCCCUGGAUUCCAUUGCGACGUUCUUGUGAAGCAGAAUUUGCAAAUUGGUGGGAAAAUGGGAAACUCCCAGGCAGCUCCGGAACGACCCACGGGGAAGAUGGUCAAGGCGAAGAGUUUCAUGCGAUUUGGUGGUAAGAAAACCCCCACAAAGGACACACCGAGGCAUGGUGAUCCGGAGGACGUUCCUGGAAUACUCGUUGGCGGGCACAAGAAGAGAUUCAAAUCAGUCGAUUCAUCCUACUUCAGAAGUCUCAAUCCCGAGGGCAGCAUCGCUGGCACGGAGAGCCCCCAUGGGAAGCAGCAGAGCCAGCAAAGUCAGCAGAGUAGCACUGUGUGCUCGGAGAGAAUGACAAACAAUGGGAAUUGUGCGGUGAAUGAGACCCAAUCGGAGGUACAACCGCGGAAAUCCAUCAGUGAGCACGUGUCGUUGACCUCGAGAGAAAGAGGUGUGCAGGAGAAACCAGCUCCGGUGGAUUGUUCGGUGCUUUUGGAUGGGGACGACCUUCUCAGUUACAAUUCGGCCGUCACACGGGCCGGGAGUCAGCCGCCAAUUUCGCACAGUGUCCCAACGUCGUGUCAGGAAAAAUCCAUCCUCUUUGUCACGGAUUCCUGGAAGAACGCCCAGAGUGUUUGUGCUGUUCAAGCAUCAGAAAUCACCCAAACAGGUCGAGAAACAUCACCAUCAAAUUGUGGAAGCUACAUCGUUGUACGUGAACAGACAACCUCCUCUAGUUCCGAUUCCGUCUUCACGGAUGCCCAAACACCGUUGGGCUUCACGGCGGAAUUCAAUCAGUGCUACUACUCCGAAGAGGAUGUUUGCGACUCCACAGCCCCCGACGUCCGUGGACCCUUCCUGAGUGCCCUAGCGGCGAGGAAUUAUCGUGAUCAACUCACAAAGCUCACUGUGGCACGAUUGAGUCCAAUAAGUGUGGCAGGAGUCGUGGAUAUGGCGCAAGAGAGGAUCCGCAAAGGGAGUAGCGAAGAGGAGCGAUCAGGAGGCACCUUAUUCAAUGUUUCGCGCGUCAAGAGGGUGGAAUUGAUCGAUAAUCUGGCUAAAUUUACGGACAACACAAUACCCACUCCAACUCAGUGUCUGCCAGAGAGCGAUGGCGUUAACCCACGGGAUGUUCCUCUGCCCACAACACCAGCACUCCCACGCAAUGGAACACCCCAGAGCCCCUCGGAUGGAAGUGUACUCAAGAAGGUGGCCUCCUUGAUCUCAGCUGAACGCAUGCAGCACCAACAGCCCGAACGGAAGCCAUCAUUCGUCCCGGAAAAACUCAAUUUUGGCGCCUAUGAAAAGUUCGAAGGUCAGAUGCUAAUGAAUUGGUUGGUGACAUCAGUGCAGCCACACACCAAUCUCACGGACCACGACAUCCACGCCAUUUGUCUGCAGACGUGCACAAAUCUCCUCAUGGCCGGCGUCAUUAAGCAGAUACCAGAUCGGCUUGCGCCCAUUCAGGAGGCAUUUCGCGCAAAUCUCAUGUACCAGUGGACGCACACAGAAGUCCCUCCUGCCACACCAGUUACACCAGGACGAUUAGAUCCUUCAUCAGCAUGGCCGCACACACCGCAAUCAGACAAAUCAACACCACUGAAGCCGGAGAAGGAACAAAUCGAAGAGGAAGCAACAGAAGACAAUCUCAAGGAACUCAAACAGAGACUAUGUGAAUGUGAAAGUGUUAGUGGCAUGAAGAGCCUCAUUGAGGCGGCGGAGAAGAAAUUUUCCCCACAAAGUGAUGAUGUGAUUAGUGAUGUGACCAAAGUUUCCCGAGAAAUUCAACCACGACGGAUACGAAGGAAUUUAUCGAGUGAUCUCAGUGACGCCGAACUGAGAUCACACCACCACAUCGUCCAAAAUGGUCAGGCGAAUGGGUAUCGUAGUAUAUGUGAGGAUAAAGCAACGCAGACGGAUGCUGAGAAGGACAUCAAUGUGCUGCACCUCAAGAAAAUCACCAUUUCCGCUACAGCACCAAAGAGUCCGGCUCAGAGUCCUGUUGCAUCAGCAGCUCCAUCACUUCCACCACCACCACCACCGCCUCCACCACCAGGUUCCUGCAUUCCGCAGAUGAAAGAAAUGGAGAAAACAAAUAAAAUCAACGAAAAUGCCGAUACAAUUAAUGGGGAACGGGAAGAAAAGGGACCUCAGGUUGCUGCAGCAGCGCCGCCACCUCCACCACCAGCUCCACCGGGGCCACCACCACCUCCAAUGCCUCCUGUGGGAUUAAAUGCACCCCCAGGACCUCCUCCGCCUCCUUUGCCGCCUGGUUCAACGGCACCACCUCCCCCGCCAGGACCUCCAGCACCACCACCACCCGCAUCAGCAGAUAAAGCUGGUCCAGGACCUGCUCCAUUCCCUAUGCCACCAGCUGGGGGAUGGCAACAAGCUGCUACACUACGGAAGUCUGCUGUUAACCCGCCCAAACCAAUGAGGCCGCUCUACUGGACACGAAUAGUUGCUCCGAAGUCUCCUGUUGAGAGUACAACUAACAACCUACUCUGGGCUGAAAUUGAUGAGAUGAAGUUAGACAAUCUCGAUGAAUUUACGGAACUCUUCUCGCGACAGGCCGUUAUACCCAAAAUGAAGGAAACCCCCAAAGUGACCAAAGUUCGCUCAAUAAAAAUCUUAGACAGCAAAAGAAGUCAAAAUGUUGCAAUUUUCGUCCGUUCACUGCAUGCAGACUUUGCUGAAAUUGAACACGCAAUCAGCCAUUGUGAUACAUCCGUAAUAAGUCUGCAAGCGCUACAAGUUAUCCGUGAUAUACGAGCAACGUCGGAGGAAUUGUCGCAAAUAAGAGAAGCUGUUAAUGAUGAAUCACCACUAGAUGAGCCGGAGCAGUUUCUAUUGCGUCUCGAAGACAUCUCAUCCUGCUCCGAACGGAUCUCCUGCAUCGUCUUCCAGGCAGAGUUUGACGAAGCAGUAACCCUCCUCGCACGUAAGAUGGACGUCUUCACGGACACAUGCAAGUUUAUGGUGGAAAGUGAGGCACUCAAGAAUCUCUUCUCUCUCAUCCUUACACUUGGGAACUACAUGAAUGGCGGGAAUCGAACACGUGGUCAAGCCGAUGGGUUUGGGCUUGAAAUUCUCGGAAAGCUCAAAGAUGUCAAGUCGAAGGAUUCCAAAAUAACUCUUUUGCAUUUCAUUGUUAAGACAUACAUUGAGCAGUGCAGGAAAAAUGGAACUCCGCUAACUGAACUACAAAUUCCCAUCCCAGAAGCAGCAGAUGUAUCCGUUUGUGGCACCGUUGAUUUUGAGGAUCUCACGCUGCAACUGGAGCGUCUUGAGAAGAAACUUAAAGAAUGCAAGGAAACAUCGCAGCAAGUAAUUGAUUCCUCAACACCAGAAAAUGUUCAACCGUUUGAGGAGAAAAUGAAAGUUUUCCUGGAUGCAGCCACGGAUCGUUUGUUGCUGCAGAAAAAGGAUGUCAACGACUGCAAAAAGAUAUUCCACAGAACGAUGAUUUUCUACAAAUUUCUCCCAAAAUCUGGUUCAUUGGAUGACACAAAACCUGAGCAGUUCUUUGAGUUGUGGCUCACAUUCUCCAAUGAUUUCAAAGACAUUUGGAAACGGGAGAUUCACGAUCUAACGCGUGAAUUGCUCAAAAAGACCAAACCAUCACCGAAGGUGACCAAAGCAAAGGCUAAGAAGGUUGUUCCGGGAAGUUUAAAGGAUCGCAUGCAGAAGUUCUCCAGUAAAUUGUCCAGUUAGAUUUGUUUCAGUCUCCUAAUAAGAAAUUCCUUGUAUAUUAGUACCUUAGAUUGUUUUAUAUAUACCUACAAAGCUAUUUAAAAAAAAUCAUGUACAGUGCUCUCCCUCGUUGUAGAAUAUUGUUAGACAAUAAAAUGAGUAAUAUAUAUUUUCAAAGGACUGCAAAAUUGCAUUCUGCGUUAUUCCAA